UCUCAGUGGCGGUGGCGGCCGGCCUAGUAGCUGCUGGAGUACCUCCUUUCCGGCAGGGGCCCCCCGGCCGGCCGUAGUAUUCCGGAAACGAAGGCUUGGCGCUGUGCCUCCUCUCCCCUCAUCAUUGCCGCCCGAAACGGCAACCCGCCAUCCACCAUCCCCAGCAGCUACCUAGCAGACUCUCUACUCUCCCCCUCCCUCCAUGUGCCCGCCUGCAGCUCGCCGCUCCACCACCGCCAUUUAAUCCCGCCUCGCCUCGCUGCUUGCAGCAGGCCGGCCGGCAGAGCUAGGCUCCGUCAUCAUUCCUUCCUAGCCCCUUGUUCUUGUUCGCGCAUCAAUCAUCACGCGCUCGCCAGGCCGGCCAUUCGUUCACCUCAGCUCCAGCCAAGCACCAGGCACCAGCAGCUAGCGGCCGCGCUCUCGAUUGUGUACCUGCCGGCGGCCGUCCGGUAGCUGCCCGGCCAUCACGAAGCAGGCCGAGUGAUUUAUUUUGAUGGCUGCGGCGGCGGCGCCCAGGCCCAAGUCGCCGCCGGCCUCGCCCGACCCCUGCGGCCGCCACCGCCUGCAGCUCGCCGUCGACGCGCUCCACCGGGAGAUCGGCUUCCUCGAGGGUGAAAUAAGUUCCAUUGAAGGGGUCCACGCUGCCUCCAGAUGCUGCAAAGAAGUUGAUGAGUUUGUGGGAAGGAACCCCGAUCCAUUCAUAACGAUUCAGCCAGAGAAACGAAGCAAUGAGCAACCGCAGCAGUUUCUGAAGAAGUUCAGAGCCAGGAGCUGCCUGAGCUACCUGUCGUGGAUCUGCUGCUGCGGUAGCGGCGGGUGCCCGCCGUUCCGGCUGAAGAUGAGGCCGGCGGCGGCGACGAGCUGCUCCUGCGGCGGCGCGCAGCUUCGGAAGCUCUGCGCCUCCUGCUGCUCCUGCUGCUGCUGCUGCCGGUGCCGCGUGGUGUGCGCCGGCUGCUGCGGCGGGUGCUGCGCGCCGUGCCCGCGCUGCUCGUGCGACUGCGCCUGCCUGCGUUGCUGCUCGUCGUCGUGCGCCUGCCCCACCUGCGGCGGCGGCGCUUGCUGCGUCCCGCGCUGCUGCCUGUGCCUAUGAUGGCGAUCAAAGAGGAGAGUUUAUUAUUUUAUUUUGCACGCGCGCGUGCUGCUUCUAGAUCGAUCGUUGCUGCUACCUGAUGAUGAAUGAGGAUGAUGGGUUCUGAUGCGGAUGGAUAUUGGCAGGGCCUGCUUUUGGUCUAGCUUUCGUGUCACGAGUGUUGCUGACUGCAUGUCGUCGGUCUGACAAUGCCUGGUCGUGGCAAUGUGCCUGCCUGCCUGCCCGCGUGCCCUGGCACGACGCUGCCAAGAUGGCGCAGGAUUGAUUUCAGGACAAGCGGGACGCCGGCGCCCCGCAGUUUAGCGAGGAUAUGGCCUCGAUGAGCUCCCGGCCGGUGCAGCGAGAACUUUGAGAGGGCCGGAGAGGAAAGCGCUACAUUGGGCGGCCGUCGGGCGGGGCACCGCGUCGAACAGGUGGGCGCGCGGCUCAGGGGGUGGAGGUGUUGGAGAGGGUGACGUGGAGCGGCCGGGUCUCUUGAGGAGGUGCGCGAGGUUGGUAUAGGCAGGUGCGAGCGGAGGAGGCCGGGCUCCAUUGGCGGGAACUGUUCUGAAUCUUCUCGGAGUUGAGAGCUUGAGGAAGCAACAUGCACGCGUUGAGGAUGCGUUGUUUUGAGCCUUAUUGGUUGGAUGUCAAUUUUUA